UGGCGCGAAGUCGGCGGCGGAAGCGGGUUUGAAGCCAGGGGAGGGCGAGUCAGCGGCGAACGCAGCAGAAGGUGCCGAUGCGAAGAGCGUGCCUGGCGUCGAUGCCUUCGGCCUGGACAACGCAGCAGCUUCCGCCCAGGACCCGGACGCAAGCUGA